AAAUAUAAAUAAAAAAUCAGAAAUUCCACCGCAGACUCAAACUCAGACUUGAACCCCGUUGAUCGUCUGCCUCAAAUUCCAUCUAAUCAUUAGGUCAAGCUUCAAAUUUUCUCCGUUGAUUCUCAAAUCGCACACCAGCUCAAAUUAUACGUAUUUUGAGUGGUAGUGGGAGGGUAGAGGAGGUGAAGAUUUGAUCUGGGACCGUACAUUAUGUAUCGGUCUGGGGCCGCAACCACUAACCGAGGUGGGGUGCCAACGGAUAGUGGGGACUCUGUUGUGACCCUAGAUCAAGUCCCGUGUUGGAGCGAUUCAGACUUUAGAUACUCGUAUGAGAACGAAGAUUCAGGUUCGAAUCUGCAUUUUCCAGACCCAUUGACCGCAGCAUCUGAAGGAGAGAAUAGUGGAAAUGGAAUGGCAUCCAAGUUUCCCAUGGAUCGUGAAAUUAACUCGAAGAUAUAUCUUUGGAGGGGCAACCCGUGGAAUCUUGAGGUGGAUGCUGUAGUUAACUCAACAAAUGAGAACUUAGAUGAAGCUCAUAGUAGCCCUGGUUUGCAUGCUGCAGCAGGACCGGGACUUGCAGAAGAAUGUUCAACCCUGGGUGGCUGUCGAACAGGAAUGGCAAAAGUUACUAAUGCUUAUGACCUUCCAGCAAGGAGGGUCAUACAUACUGUUGGUCCUAAGUAUGCUGUAAAGUAUCAUACCGCUGCAGAGAAUGCACUCAGUCAUUGUUAUCGAUCUUGCCUUGAGCUUCUCAUUGAUAAUGGACUGCACAGCAUUGCUAUGGGCUGUAUAUACACAGAAGCCAAAAAUUAUCCACGAGAACCAGCUGCACAUGUGGCCAUAAGAACUGUGAGACGAUUUCUUGAGAAACAGAAGGAUAAAAUACAUGCAAUCGUUUUCUGUACCACAACAUCAUCUGAUACAGAGAUAUAUAAAAGAUUGCUUCCGCUUUACUUUCCACGUGAUAAACUUGAAGAGGAGAUAGCUGUUUCAAAGCUUCCUGCUGAUGUUGGAGAUGAAAAUGGUGAGACGGUCAUAGAUGAACGCAAGAUAAGGAUACAACCUUUACCCAAUGUUAAAAAGUCCGCUCGAAGACCUCCCCAGACAUCUACUGAUCUUGCAGUCAGCAAUAUAGCAUUAGCCAGACGGGACUCAUCGUACUUGGAGUCAUAUCUGGAUCCUGCAUUUAUGUCCUUGAUCAAAGAUCCAGAUCAGAGACGCAGAGAACAAUGGGAAAAAUCAGCUCAGGCACGAAACGGUUGGAAUUUCGCUAAAAUGCUUGGAUAUGGAGACAUAGGGAGUCCUCCUUUAUCGGCUGCUGAAGAAUACUCACUCCAUUCUAGAUAUCUUGCCAAAGCAAAUUCACUUAAUCUUUCUGAUAUUGCCGAAAUGAAAAUUGUUUAUCGGGGUGGGGUUGAUAGUGAAGGCCGUCCAGUGAUGGUGGUGGUUGGAGCUCACUUUCUCCUAAGAUGUCUUGAUCUGGAGCGGUUUGUGCUUUACAUAGUGAAGGAGUUUGAGCCCUUGAUACAGAAGCCUUACUCAAUAGUUUAUUUCCACUCAGCUGCAUCCCUGCAGAUACAACCAGAUUUGGGGUGGAUGAAAAGAUUAGAGCAAAUACUUGGUCGGAAACACCAACGCAAUCUCCAUGCGAUAUACGUCCUCCAUCCAACCUUUGGUCUGAAGACUGCAAUAUUCGGAUUGCAGAUGCUUGUAGAUAAUGUGGUCUGGAAGAAGGUGGUCUACGUUGAUCGUCUUCUGCAGCUAUUCAGAUACGUCCCCCGUGAACAACUGACUAUUCCAGACUUUGUGUUCCAGCACGAUUUAGAGGUAAACGGAGGGAAGGGCGUAAUCGUGGAUCCAAGAACAAAAUAUGUGUAUCAGAGACCGUAGGAGCAGAUCCAGACUCCAGCAUUUGUGAUUUUAUUUUAUUUUCUUAGUCAUCAUUUAAUUCAUUUUUGGGUCAGGUUGUAUUGUAACGAGUUCCUAAAUAUUUAUGUGCUUGUAUAUGUAUGUGUACACUAUACUAUGAAUAUGAUCCCUCUUCUCUAUCUACGCUGUAUUUUAGAAUCUUGAAUCUGUGAAUUGUAAUAAAGCUUUUUUUUUUGUGUUAUAAAGUUUUAGGUGUCGGUUUCA